AUGGCCGGGAUCUUUCGCUCCAUCUAUGACUGGCUCUUGAGGAUGUUCUGGGCGACGGAGAUGGAUGUCACCAUGAUCGGCCUGCAAAAUGCCGGCAAAUCCUCCUUGCUGCGCGUGCUGGCGGGCGGGGAAUUCACGGUCGAUUCCAUUCCGACCAUCGGGUUCAACACCAAACGAGUCCAGAAAGGCCAUGUGACCCUCAAAUGUUGGGAUCUGGGUGGCCAGCCUCGAUUUCGCCCAAUGUGGGAGCGGUACUGCCGGGGUGUCAAUGCGAUCGUAUACAUCGUGGAUGCAGCUGAUCAAGAUGCCCUGCCGGCCGCCACCGAGGAACUGCAUGAGCUGAUGAACAAGCCCACCCUCGAUGGUAUUCCGCUCUUGGUGCUGGGCAACAAGUCAGAUCUGCCGGUCAAGCUCUCAGUCGACGAGCUGAUCGAUGCGAUGAAUCUCAGAGCCAUCACCCACCGUGAAGUCAGUUGCUACGGGAUCAGUGCAAAGGAGGAAACUAACCUAGAUGCGGUCUUGCACUGGCUUAUCGCCCGUGCGAGCCGAUGA